AUGUCGAGCUUGGCAGGAGUUGCAGCGGCUUUGGCCGCACCACCAGUGGAAAACUGGGGUCAGCUCAGUUGGAUAGAUGAUCAGCAUAAAGGGCAAAGCGAUGUGAAACAACUGAAGGAAGAAGAGGAUGAAGGUAAGAAAACGGUUCUCCAACCCGUUCUGAAACUUCUCUCACUUCCAAAGAGGCAGCAGCAGAACAGCGGUGCGCCCGCCAACGCCGCCCAAAAACCAAUCAUUCAAAUACCCGUUUCCGCUAUAUCAAGUGUGACAGCUACAACAAAAAAUGAUCUUUCCAUUUUGUUGCAACCACAGGCAUCGGUGACCGCCGUACCCGGUGCCAACGUUUCCCUGGAGCUGACGUCUGUUCGCUUCGCUAUACCAAACGUUUGUGUUGGUCACGAGCGGACGGAGGAAGCGGGUCGCGAAGUGCUUGCCGAGGCACAAGAACGGUUGCGGGAGCACCAAAGACGAGUUUUAGGAGGGAAUGGAGCAAUGGGUGCUGGACCCGGUGAUCAAGCACUGAUGGCAAUGGGUGGUGGCCGCCGUGAGGACGAAUGUGUUAUAGCGGUCUUUGAUGAUCUUACUCUCUCCUUCCCAUCUGGGCGUUUCAAACUUAUAGUAACUAACUAUACGUUACUGUUGGAGGAAAGGAAGCGUGCGGGAGGUGAUGGGGGCAUUGUUACAAUGGUGCCACUCACAGAUGUUGUCCAACUGUACCUGUGCGAUAUCCCAACAAGCAGAAACACCUCGAACAAGAGUGUAGACGCGGAAGAUGAUACCGAUUUCCCACAAUACGUUGUGGUCAUACUUCGAAAUCCCGUAAAAGUGCGCGCAACAACGUAUAACCACAUCGUUAUCACCUGUCCCGUUGGUUUUGUUCUUGAUGAGCAGCAUGCGUGGUCUUGUGAGCUGAAGACACAAGAGGAAAUCGACCGCGUCCUCUCUUCGCUACCUCACAAACAAAGUGCAGCGAAGGACGCGACGCAGCAGCAAGCGGCAAAGGGGGACACCUUCCCACCUACCAUAACGGGUCGUGUGAGUGAAUUACUUAUUCGUGUGUUGAAGACCAUUGCAGGGGUGAAGGCGCUUGGCGGCCACAACAAAGAUUAUCAGACACGUAACGGCAAUUCUGUGUUGCGCUGCCUUUAUCAAAGCAAUGAGGGGCUUUUGUAUGUGCUCCAAUCUGCACUGCUGUUCCUUCACCGUCCUGCCACACGUAUUUCGUACGGUGAUAUACAACGUAUUGAAGUUGAUGAGUCGGAACGCGGGAGUACAACGUUCCAGAUGACAGUUUACGGUAACUUGGGAAAGCGUGCAAGGGGUGGUGCAGACAAGGUCACUAUUGCUUCACUUCCUAUCACGGAGAAGGAGGCGCUGCUAACUUACUUGCAAAGCAAGGUGGAAGUGGUGCGAACUGGUGCGGCACUCGAGGACAGUGAUGGCGAUGAUGACGAUGACAGUGGCGAUGGUGAAGAUGAUGAAAGCAGCGACGAGGAGGACUCGUUUGAUGAUGAUGAUGAUGACGACGACGACGAUGAUGAUGAUGAUGAUGAUGGGGCGGACCGAAAGAAGCGGAAGCGCUCAUCGUCAAAAAGGGAUGAGUCGGGAAAGAGGAGGGAUAAGGAGCACAAACAUGGCCGUCAUAAAAAGCACAAGAAAGAUCAUUAA